ACAAAUUGUUUGGAUUUGGAAGAUGCUGUAAAACCUCUGCCCUUUUCAAAGACAAAUGCUCCUCGAGUUCAAAAAAGAGACAAAUGCUCCUCCUAUCUGUCACCAAAAUCACCACCACCACUCGUCCACUCCCAUAUAUCAUACAUGCAUUUGCAAAACAUACCAGUAAUACUAGUAUAUCCCAACCACCACCACUGCUCCGGCGACUUCUCCACCACUCGAACCACCCCAAAAACCCAUCCAUCAAAACCCUCAAACCACCCCAAACCCAAAAAUCCCCAACCAUGGAAGUCGAAGUCAAGGUCCGCCUCCCAGACUCCACCUCUCAUCAGAAACUCUCCUCUCUCCUCUCACCCUUCCACACCAAAACCCUAAUCCAAGAAAACAUCUUCUUCGACGGCGCCAAUUCCGAGCUCUCCUCCAACCUCGCCGUCCUACGCCUCCGCUUCUACGGCGGCGGCGUCGACUCCCACUCCGUCGUCUCUCUCAAAGCCAAACCCGUUAUCUCCGACGGAAUCAGCCGCGUCGAGGAGGACGAAGAACCAAUCGAUUCCUUUAUUGCUCGCGCUUGCGUCGCCGAGCCUUGGCGGCUCUUAUCGAUCGAUUCGUCGAGGGUGUUGAAGAGAGUGAGAGAAGAAUUUGGGGUUGGAGACAAGGGUUUGGUGUGUUUGGGUGGGUUUAGGAAUGUGAGACAAGUGUUUGAUUGGAAUGGAUUGAAAUUGGAGCUUGAUGAAACACAUUUUGAUUUUGGGACUUGCUACGAGAUCGAAUGUGAGAGCUCUGAUCCUGAGAGAGUUAAGAAAUUGAUUGAAGAGUUUUUGGCUGGGAAUGGGAUUAGUUAUCGGAAUUCGGAGGUUUCAAAGUUUGCAAUUUUUCGAUCUGGGAAGCUACCAAAGUAAGUGUACAAUGCCCAUUUUUUUGUGAUUUUUCUUUCAAAUUGUCUGUUUUGAUAGACAAUUGAGUGCAACUUCAAAGCCUCUCUUAUAGAUUUUGAAUCAUUGCUGUGUAUGAGUUCUGUACACAAUAAAUUGAUGUAAUUAGAAGGAAAGUAUUGAUUAUUGGUUGCGUUGUUACAAUCUUUUCAUUAUAUUUGGCACUAGCAAUGAAACAGAUCAUGGGUUCUGAGUUUACAA